CAUGAAUAGCAGAUCGUGAAUAACCGGUUAUUUCAGACUAUACGAAUCGCUUGCGUAGUCGAUCGUGUGCUGGUGACAGUCUGCCGUAGGUACAGGGAAGAUGUUGGGAAUGGCAAGUAAAGGACUCUGUAUUUAUAAAUGUUUACAGAACACCAAACUUCAACAGACAUCUGCAUUUAUAAAUAUCCAAUACAGAGUUAUCAGGGUGCUAUCAGGAAGUUGUCAGCUAUACAAUAAUUCCAACAGUUUUAAGCAUGCAUUUUCCUGGCCCCCCUCUCUGAUGCGAAGUCAGCCAGGACACCCAGGAACAUGCUGGAGGACUGGGGUAUCAGUGAAGUUUAUUAACCCACGGCCUGAUAAAACGUGGAUCCAGAGUAUUCACUGCACAUGUACAAGAAACAUAGAAAAUACAGCAAAUGCAAGCUUGAUAGAUGAAGCUACUUAUGAAGGACUUGCAGAGGAAACCCUUGAUGCAUUAGCAGAAUACUUUGAAGAUCUCACAGAGCAGCCUUUUACUUCUGCAGAGUAUGAUGUUACAUUUGUGAGUGGGGUACUUACAAUAAAAAUCGGAGGAGACCAUGGAAUAUAUGUGCUAAACAAGCAGACACCGAAUAAACAAAUAUGGCUGUCCUCUCCAACCAGCGGGCCGAAACGUUAUGACUGGACGGGCAGGAACUGGGUGUAUUCACAUGAUGGAAAGAGUUUACAUGACCUUCUUACAAAAGAAUUCUCUGUGAUUUUUAAUACCAAGAUAGACUUGUCUAGUUUGAUGCAUUCUGGACUGGAAAACACCAAUUGAAACUUCAACAACAAACAAAGUGUAAGUCAUGGCACUUCUACAGUUAAACACGUAUCUGUAAUAAUGUGAAGCUUGAUACAAGUUUACCUAAUAGAAUUGUGCUGCUGAUGCCAUGAACACUUCUAAAGGAAUUUGAAAGAUUAUGUAUAUAUCUCUUUUCAUUAUUAGUUUAUUAUGUUUGUUGGUUUGUGGUCAGAUAAUGUUCUUGUUCUUUUCUUGUUAUCCAUUUAGCAUUUUUAAACGAUAUUGUAUCCCUAGUUCUGUUAAUCAUUGUACAUACUAAUAUUUUCAAAUAAUAACUUUAUUGCAUAAUAAAUUAUGCAAUAAACAGGAUACUAGUUGAUUUCCUUUAUGCAAAAAAUCAUUUCAUUUAAGCCUCUUACCAUUUAAUUAAAACUGGCCCAAUUUACUGGACCUUUUACAGUAUGUGCUAUAAAUUAAACGUCCACACUGACACAUAAAGGGAAGAUUGAGGAUUUAAUAAAUCAAUCAGGGUUGAGGUUAACUUUGUAAAUCCUUAAUCCAUGUUUUAAGUGAUUCUGUGUCUUUUCUUAUUUUAUUUUAUUACAAUUAAACAGAUUAAGGGGGAAGGAUGAUUUCAGGACAAUCUUAUAACUGGAGCUGGGUAAACAUGUACAAUGACUGUCUUACCUUGUAUGCCAUGGUGCUUUUCUGUACAUUGUCCACACAAAGCAGCGCCAUUUCCAUUGUAUAACCUUUCAAGCCAGUAAAGAUUAAACAAACAAAGCUGUUUAUCUUUUAAUAUAAAAAGGUAAAAUUCUGCACCUUGCUCCCUCAAUAUUUCACCAUUUGAUAGUACAUUAAGUUAUGUUAGGCCAUGUUGACAGUAAAAACAAUUUUCAGAUAGGGAAAUAAGGUAACACUGUACCAUAUGUUCAUAUCAUAUGUAACCAUUUAAAGUAUUGAAUCUGCUUACAGUUUAAAAUAACGAUUUGCUUUUUAAAUUUUUUGCAUUAAACCGUAUUUUCCCAAACUAGCAAAUCUACUGUACAGAAGAUCCCUGCAUAUUCUUGUUACAACACUAUUGUUUGGUUUCCAAAAGAUAAAAAAAGUAAGCAAAACUGUAUUAGGAUAGGCUACUAAAUGUACUGUAACGUCUACAGAGAAAUCCCAUUAUGUGCCAUGUAACUACAUAAUUCCAAAUAUUUUAUUAAUACAGAACCUGAUACGUAUUUUAUUAUCGUUAAUUUGGUAUAUUGCUUUAAAUGACAUUGAUUAAAUAUUAACUAUUAAGCCCAUAUUUUGAAGAUUUAUAAAACAGUACUGCAUAAAAUCGGAUUUUGAUUGUUGGCUCGGUUUCUGUAAGGGUUUCCUAAUGGCGUGGGAAAGGCCAAUGUACUUAAGGGUUACUUAUAGUUGUCUUUUUAUUUUAAAAAAAUGUACCUGCACUUUACCAGCUGUUUGUUAAUAUAAAACUUACUUUUGCAUGUGGAGUAAAUGUAACGUUACAAAACACGUACGUUCUGAUCCAAAAAAAACGGUAGCAGUUUUUGAUGAGCGUCCUCGGUGUCUGGACAUGUGCAGCUGAAAUUGACGCGACACCAAAAAGAUCCUAAUUAAGUUUCGUUUUUUAGUUUGUCAGUGUUUUAUUGAAUAAACACAGUUAUGUUUCUUGUU